UCAGCCCUCUCUCUGCCUCAGAAAGAACUCGGAAAAGGCUCGGAUUCUGCCUCCCGCUCGCUGUCACUAACAGCCUGGAUUACAGACUUUCCUGGGCAAAUGGUUUGAAAGCAGCGACCCUUUUAAAGAGUGAAGAUUCUCUCUCCCCCUGAGAUGAAGAGCCCUCUAAAAAUGCACAUCCUUCCAUUGAUAUUGCUCUUCCUCUUCGGAGCAGUGGAGUCACAAGUCAACCCAGGUGUGUGUCGCUACCCUCUGGGAAUGUCUGGGGGGCAGAUUCAGGAUGAAGAUAUCUCGGCCUCUAGCCAGUGGUCUGAAUCUACUGCAGCUAGAUAUGGCAGACUGGACUUUGAGGAGGGAGAUGGGGCGUGGUGCCCAGAGAUCACUGUGGAGCCUGACAACCUGAAGGAGUUCCUGCAGAUCGACCUGCGCUCGCUGCACUUCAUCACCCUGGUGGGCACACAGGGCCGCCACGCCGGCGGCAUCGGCAACGAGUUCGCGCAGAUGUACAAGAUCAAGUACAGCCGCGACGGCAGCCGCUGGAUCUCCUGGCGCAACCGCCAGGGAAAGCAGAUUAUCGAAGGGAACAGGAAUGCGUAUGACAUCGUGCUGAAGGACCUGGAGCCACCCAUCAUUGCUCGUUUCGUGCGCUUCAUGCCCGUGACCGACCACUCCAUGAACGUGUGUAUGAGGGUGGAGCUCUAUGGCUGUGAAUGGCUAGAUGGGCUGGUGUCAUACAAUGCUCCAGCCGGGCAGAUGAUGACCGUUAAAGGCCAGCACAUUUAUCUGAAUGACUCUGUGUACGACGGGGCCGUGGGCUACAGUAUGACAGAGGGUCUGGGCCAGCUGACAGAUGGUAUGUGUGGCCUGGAUGACUUCACCCACAGCCACGUCUACAGCGUCUGGCCCGGCUAUGACUAUGUGGGCUGGACCAACGAGAGCUUCCCCAACAACUACGUGGAAAUCAUGUUCGAGUUUGACCGUACCCGCAACUUCACCACUAUGAAGGUGCACUGCAACAACAUGUUCGCAAAGAGGGUGAAGACUUUCCGGCAGGUGGUGUGCUACUUCCGUUCAGAGUCGGACUGGGAGCCCACACCCAUCUCCUUCAGCCCCGUCAUGGACGACGUCAACCCCAGCGCCCGUUUCGUCACUGUCUCCCUCUACAACCACAUGGCCAGUGCCAUCAAGUGCCAGUACUACUUCGCUGACAUCUGGAUGAUGUUCAGCGAGAUCACCUUCCAGUCAGAUACUGCCGUGUAUAACACCACACUGGCCCCCCCAAAGACUGGCCCCCCCACCAGCACUCAACCAGGGGAUGACCCCACCCACAAAGUAGAUGACAGCAACACAAGGAUUCUGAUUGGCUGUUUGGUGGCCAUCAUCUUCAUCUUAGUGGCCAUUAUUGUCAUCAUUCUGUGGCGCCAAGUCUGGCAGAAGAUGCUGGAGAAGGCCUCUCGGCGGAUGCUGGACGAUGAACUAACUGCUAGUCUGUCAAUACAGAGUGAGACCUUCACCUAUAACCACAACAACCCCUCCUCAUCACCCAGCGAACAGGAGUCCAACUCCACUUACGAGAGGAUCUUCCCUCUGGGGCCCGACUACCAGGAGCCCUCGCGCCUCAUUCGCAAGUUACCGGAAUUCUCCCAGUCCGCGGAGGAGGCUGCAGCAAGUACCAGUGCAGCAGCAAAGUCACCUCAGGCCAGCAAUCAAGAGGGCGUUCCUCACUACGCAGAGGCCGACAUUGUCAACCUUCAGGGGGUGACAGGAAGCAAUACCUAUGCUGUGCCAGCCAUCACUAUGGACCUGCUGUCUGGAAAGGACGUUGCCGUUGAGGAGUUUCCCCGCAAGCUGCUGACAUUUAAAGAGAAGCUGGGAGAGGGACAAUUUGGAGAGGUGCACCUAUGUGAGGCGGAAGGCAUGCAAGACUUCAUGGAUGAUGAUUUCUCUUUUGAAAUCAGUGACAACCAGCCCAUACUUGUGGCCGUGAAGAUGCUGAGAGCAGAUGCUAACAAGAACGCAAGGAAUGACUUCCUGAAAGAGAUAAAGAUCAUGUCACGGCUCAAAGACCCAAACAUCAUCCGCCUACUGGCCGUGUGCAUCUGCAGUGACCCCCUCUGCAUGAUCACAGAGUACAUGGAGAACGGAGACCUCAACCAGUUCCUGUCUCGCCACGAGCCAGAGGACCAGAUGGCCCUGCUCAGUAACGCACCCACUGUCAGCUACAGUAACCUGCAGUACAUGGCUACACAGAUCGCCUCUGGCAUGAAGUACCUGUCCUCCCUCAACUUCGUGCACCGAGACCUGGCGACGCGCAACUGCCUGGUGGGAAAGAACUACACCAUAAAGAUUGCUGACUUUGGCAUGAGUCGCAACCUGUACAGCGGGGACUACUACCGCAUCCAGGGCCGGGCAGUACUACCCAUCCGCUGGAUGUCUUGGGAGAGCAUCCUGCUGGGCAAGUUCACCACUGCCAGCGACGUAUGGGCCUUUGGCGUGACACUGUGGGAGACUCUGACCUUCUGCAAGGAGCAGCCAUACUCCCAGCUCACUGAUGAGCAGGUCAUUGAGAACACCGGCGAAUUCUUCAGGGACCAAAAACGGCAGAUCUACCUGCCACAGCCAGCCAUGUGUCCCGACCCAGUCUACAAACUGAUGUUGAGCUGCUGGCGCAGAAACGCAAAGGAGCGGCCGUCCUUUCAGGAAAUCCACCGAGCGCUCCUAGAGUGCCAAGUUUAGUGUCAGGGCUGGCACGCUCAGAGACUUUGUGUGCCCACAGGACUCCAAGCAUCUCACCCAGGCUGAGACACUUUACAGACGCGCACACACAUACACACGCGCACACACUCUCCAUAUCUCCCUCUCACUCACUCACAUAC